GGGAGUUUUUGUAAUCAUCAACAUCUUUAAUAUCUUGAGGUUAGGGUACUUGGUAAUGAAAUUAUCUUUGUUCAUAGUUUACUCUAAUCACUUUGCAAACAUGAACUUAUUUAAAUCAUUAAUAGAAUAUUGGGCUUCUAUUACUGUCUAUGAAUCAAAAAAACUCAGUUUUGAAGAAAUGGAUGGAAAGAAACUAAUACUGAAGAAUACUACAUAGGAACAAAGUCGACAAGUAGCUCUUUUUUCCCCCUGUUUUAAACAGUAUAAUGAAUGAUAGAGCCUUGCUUAUUUCUUGUCUUAUGUUAAUGUAUCCCGACAACAAAAUUGUGCUUUACUUUUUCAAACAUGCAUGUGGGUUUUCCCAUUUUCAGUACUUUUAGCAAAUGUAUGUUAAAAUCUAUUCUACGGUUGACCAGAUUCUUUGCUUUUGUGACCUGAGUAUUUAACACGAGGUGGAUUAAAAAAAAUGUAUAUAUUGUCCUAUUGACCCUAGUAUUAGUAUCGCUGCUUUGGAUAUCAAUACUACUAAGAUCAGCCCAUCCCUAGUUCAGUGGCAUCUAAAGGUCUGAAAUAUUGACCAAAUGGAGCCCCCUCUAUGUUCUUGAUACAGAAGAAUCCCUCAAAUUGUAAUUAACUAGAGAUGUUUCUUGAAGUAAUCAAACUUGUCUGGCCAACACCGUCCUAGUGGUCUGGGUGUGUCCCAAAGCAGGUCUAAUAUUGUACUCGUACUGUAAUUACAUGGAUAAUGUAAAAAGUAAUAACCCUGCUGAUGACAAUGAGAUCCAGCUGACCUGAUCAGUGGGAGGCUACAGUAGUGUAAUCGGUAAACACUAUUGUACACCCCUUUGUUUGUCACUACUACAGUAAAGGUAUAUACAUCCACCAAUCAAUUUAAAGAUAAAAUAUCCCUGUGUCUUUACAGUGUUUGGAUUUAGUGCUGUGUAUAGUUAGAGUUAUUGGUACAUUUGAUUCAUCACUUGGGACAACACCAGCAUUCAUUUAUUUCAAUAUUAUUUAAAGAUAAAAACGCAGCAACAGGUACAGCCACGGCUCCCCAUGAGCCUCUUGGGGCGGAUGUCCUGCUCUGGUUUGACUGUGGAUCUCUUAAUAGGAUUAUCUAUUCUCAGUACAGGAGAAAGGCCAGGGGAGAAAAGAACCAAACACGUUCAAGACCUUGUGAGAAUGUAUUUGUGUUUAUAGCAACAAUGAAAAAUCCAGUGUUGACUGCUAAAAGGAUUUAAAUAAUUGAAUCUGGUUUUUACCUGAAGAAGACAUUUGGAUUAUUCUUUUGAAGAAAGCAUUUGAUGUAGUGAUGAACGCCCAGCCUGAUGCAGAGACAACCAACUACUGUCUGUCCACCAUGCUGGGCAGUGAGGACAGUGAGGAAGAAACCAGUCAGGAGGAGCCCUCAAUCACAAACUGGAACGAGCUGUCCAUCAUAGAACGUGUAGGCCUCAACAGUGUGGAGAUGUCAGAGAAAGAUUUGGAGACGGCCUUCUGUCAGAUCGCCCUGGCCUUCCGCUGUGAUCAGUACACCCUGAAGCAGAGGCUGCAGGCAGAGGAGCACGCCCGCAACCUGGCUGAGGAGAACAUCCAGCUGGAGCUGACCAGAGGCAGGGAGACCCUGGAGACGCUGAAAGGCCUGUGUCUGGACAGUAAGCGCAGUAUGAUCCUGCAGAGGCUGGAGCUGUCUCUGGACAUCCUCGGUGGGACUGUGGAACGAAUCUCCAACACAGCGGAGGUUCUCGGCGCUGUGCACCAGGAGGCUAGAGUGAGUCAUGAAGUUGAACUGAUGGUUGCUCAUGUGGAGAAUCUGAGGAGACAACAUGAGAGAAAUGUGGCAGAGCUGGAGGAGGCCAAGAAGACGAUCCAGCAGCAGAUCUCCCGCAGAAACAGCAUCGACCAAAGAGCAUCGCCAGAUCCAGAGGAAAGUGACAUCAGAAAGAAAUCCUCUCAUCGGAGCAUUCGUCGCAGAGUCAGCAUAACACUUAUUCCCAGCCAAAUCCAGGAGAAGAUAAAGCAAGACUCUACAGGAGAAGAUAAAACAAUACUUUUAAAGAAACAAGCUACUCCUAGAAGGUCCUUCAGCAAGGAGUCCUUCCUCACCUGCCCGUCUCCCCCCCUGAGAUCAGAGUCCAGCUGCUCUCCAAUGAUCAAUGACAACAGCUACUCAGUGGAUGACAGGCCACUGGAUCCAGAUGAAACUCCAUCAGAAGCUCCAGCUACUGAGCUUCCUUCAACUCCCAUCCUCAAAUCAGAGUACCUCCCAUCGAAACAACUGGCCACCAGAAAGAUACACGACAAAAAAUCCCCUCUGGAGACAUUGCGACAGAGACACAAAGGCAAAGCUGCGUUAUCAAAGAAAAAGGCAGACAAGGACAAAAAAAGUACAAAUAUUUACCGACAGCUUUCUGCGAGCCCGUGUGGAUCCUUGUGGAGACAUCGUCCUCUGGCUCACUGGUUGUAUCGCUGUCGCUGGGCACUCUUCUGCGUGUACCUGUUGAUGCUUUUCUGUGUCGUAACAGUGGCUUACCUUUUUCUGGAAGCUUCAUGAUGGACCACCUGGGCCAUGGAUAUACAGUCAUCAGGACGUUGUCUAAAUUCUGUGACUGUAUUGCAAACACGAAGCGUGCAGACAGCUGAAACACCUGUAGGCUAUCAGUCUUUGGAUAUGAAUAUAAAAACAUUUUAUGACA